UUUUGGGAUUGGAUGUAUGGAUGUGACGUAGUACUUGGUGGGACCUUAAAAAGCCAAGUUUGCAUAUAUUUUUAAUGUGAUUUUUGAAGGUAAGUUUAUUGUCGAUAAGGAUGCCUAAGUCUUUUACUGUUUCGACGUGUUGUAUUUCAUGGUUUAUAAGAUUAUACGAAUUUUUUGGAUUUUUUGUACCUAUAUUGAAUAUAAAAGAUUUAUUGAGAGAUAUAUUUAGGCCCCAAUCUUUUACCCAUGAAUUAAGGAUAUCGAUUUUCUCCUGUAGGAGAUUGUCUUGUGUUUUAUAA